AUGAGUGCCGAAGGCUUCAUUUCCUUCAAGAUCACUCUAACAAGCGACCCGAAGCUCCCCUUCAAAGUUAUGAAGGUACCUGGGACGGCCCCUUUCACUGCUGUGCUACAAUAUGCCGCUGAAGAGUUUAAGGUGCCGGCUGCUACUUCCGCAAUCAUCACAAACGAUGGCGUCGGGGUUAAUCCCGCUCAGACGGCAGGAAAUGUCUUUUUGAAGCACGGCAGUGAGUUGCGGCUGAUUCCCCGGGACCGAGUUGGCGCC